CUCCCUCUCACUUCCUCCCCAUAGAGGAGCACAGGCAGUGCUGUGUGUGCUGCUGGCUGAGCCUCCAACUUCCACGCUUGCUGCUGCUCUCCCCCUUCCACGGAUGAAGCUCGGAACCCCCCAGGAGGACCCUGUGGAGCCACAGCACAGGGUGUGUCCCCCUGCCUGAGAAGCCCCAGUGUAUUGCCUCUCCAGCCUGCAUGAAGAGAGCAGGGAGGGACCCAGCUGAGGAAAUGGAGCUCUGAGAGAGGGGGAGGGAGAAGAGAGAGAGAGAGGGAGGGAGACAGUCCAGAAGAGACAGAUCACCAACAAGAGGGAGACCUGGAGCUGUCUCCUUCCACCAGGCUCCAUCUCCUAUCCAGGUGAAGCGCGUGGGCUGCGUUCACUUAGACUGACCCGACCUCCUGGUGGCGACGCGCAGAAACGUGCGGGAAAAAUGCAGACGUUCCUGAAAGGGAAGCGGGUCGGGUAUUGGAUGAGCGAUAAGAAGAUCAAGAAACUCAACUUUCAAGCCUUUGCUGACUUGUGCAGGAAAAGAGGAAUUGAAGUCGUACUUCUUAAUCUGGCCAAACCGAUCGAGGACCAAGGCCCGCUGGACGUCAUCAUCCACAAGCUAACAGACGUCAUCCUGGAGGCCGACCAGAACGACAGCGAGGCAGUACAGCUGGUGCAGAGGUUCCAGGAAUAUAUUGAUGCGCACCCAGAAACCAUCAUUUUGGACCCGUUACCCGCCAUCCGCACCCUGCUGGACCGCUCCAAGUCCUACGAGCUCAUCCGCCGGAUCGAGUCCUACAUGCAAGAUGAGAGAUUAUGUUCUCCGCCCUUCAUGGAACUUUCUACGGAAUGUGGAGACGACACGCUGAAGCUCAUCGAGCAGAACGGUCUGGCCCUCCCCUUCAUCUGCAAGACCAGAGUAGCCCAUGGCACCAAUUCACAUGAGAUGGCGAUCAUAUUCAAUACGGAGGGUCUUCGGAGGAUACAGCCCCCCUGUGUCAUCCAGAGCUUCGUCAGCCACAACGCCGUCCUUUACAAAGUCUUCGUGGUGGGAGAUUCGUACACCGUCGUAGAGCGACCGUCCUUGAAAAACUUUUCUCCGGGAGCAUCAGACAGAGAAUCCAUCUUCUUUAACAGCCACAAUGUGUCGAAGCCGGAGUCCUCGUCGGUGCUAACAGAGUUGGACAAAGUGGAAGGCGUGUUUGAGCGGCCCAGCGAUGAUGUCAUUCGCGCCAUCUCCAAAGCGCUGCGACAAGCUCUGGGGAUCUCACUGUUCGGCAUCGAUAUCAUUAUCAACAACAAGACGGGCCAGCAUGCGGUCAUCGACAUUAAUGCAUUUCCAGGGUACGAAGGCGUUCCAGAGUUUUUUGGGGACCUUUUGAACCAUAUCGCCACCCUCCUUCAGCGCCCGGAACCGAAUGCCAGUAAACCUCAGCCGGAGCAGACCAGCGGGAUCCUGGGAGAUCGUCAGUGCUGCGCCCCUGCUAGACUAGAGCCCUGGGGGGUGGAGAACGACGCCAGCGGAGCCGUCAAGCUGCAAAGCCAGAGACUAGCGUGUAAUUCUGCCGUAUCCACCAGCUUCCAGCAGCACUGCGUGGCGUCUUUGGCGACCAAGGCGUCGUCUCAAUAACGCCGCAAAUGCGAGAGACAAUGGACACAGAGAGGAGAAGCUGGGCGGUUUUCAGGGACAGGAGUCUUUUUUUUUUUUUUUGGGACAACAUCUGAGCACUUAUAAAUCGAGUCCGGGCAUUUAUCCGCCCCGCAGCCGGUUUAACAGAAUGCAGUUUUUUUUUUUCCACCUCUGCACUUGUCGGGUAAAAAAGAAAAAAAAAAACACUUCAUCAGGGGACCAUUGCACAGAUACCCCCUCUACUCUCCCGGCGAGACUAUCCAAAAUCUGCUGAAGAAAAAAGUGCUGUAAUAGAAAAGAAAAAAGACAAAGGUACCGCUGUCAGAGUUAAAAAAAAAAAAAAAAAAUACCAGAGAGACCCGGAAAAGCCGGACUCUUCAAAAUGAUUUAGAAAAAAAAAAAAA